UAGUUAUAUGAGUUCAUUUAUCAUUCUGGUUACCUAUCAGUUACUUUUCGUUUGCAAUUUGAAUAUGUUUACCGUGUAAAAGAAUUUAAUUUAUGUUUGAUAAUUAUUUGUUUAUGUACAGGGCUUCUGCAAUUUUUGUUGGAGUUUAUGAACCUACAAAGCAGAAAUUGUUAAAGAUGUUUCCUGAAAAUCUAAGCGCUUUAGCUCAUUUUGUUGUAAAGCAAAGGAUGCAAACGGGGCAAUUCACAUCCGCCUCUGCUGCUGUUCGCCUUAUUGCUGCUAAGGAGGGCUUCAAAGGACUCUAUGCGGCAAAGAGAGAGCUCAACGAUCCUGAGAAUGCUAUAAUUGGAGCUUUUGCAGGUGCAUUAACUGGAGCUAUAACCACUCCCCUUGAUGUGAUUAAAACUAGACUAAUUGUACAGGGAUCUGCCAACCAGUACAAAGGAAUUGUUGACUGUGUUCAGACUAUUGUGAGGGAAGAAGGACCUCCCGCCCUUUUGAAGGGUAUUGGACCAAGAGUGCUGUGGAUAGGGAUUGGCAGUUCAAUCUUUUUUGGUGUUCUCGAAAGAACAAAGCGCUUACUUGCUCAGAGACGACCAACAGUUGGUGAAGACGCGAAGCAGGACUAACUUGUAGAUAAACUAGGGGGAUCCUUUAUGUUCUCCAUUUUUUGGGUGUGAAAUUUCCAGGGUGGUAGUUUGAAAAUCUUGCCAUCAGCUUUGAAAGGCUUUUAUAAUGUCUUUGUUUUUUUUUUUUUCCUUUUCUGUACAAAGAACCAAAGUUGUCAUUAUAGCUUGUACCAGGAAGUGAAAAAUUUUAUUACUAGUCGAACACAUUUCCUUUUCCUUCAUUGUUAUAUAAAUU